AUGCAAUUCUAGGGUUAGUCUAUUGAGGCUAAUAUCUAUUGCGUUUGUGUACAGAGUCAUAGAACCACCAUCACAACCAUACUGUGUCAAUCUUUGCAGCAGCAAUGUCUCUCUUCCUCACAAUGGGUUUUGUGCACUGCAGACACCUGAUUUCCACUUUGGUAACAGGGCUGUAUCCAGUAGGUGGAACCACAUACUUUGGCGAUACUGCCCCUUUCAAGUGAGUUCGCACACAAAAAUGAUCUUUUCUGCAAGGUCUGAUUUUCAAGUGAGAUUACAAAACUAAAUGCACACAAUUCAAGAAGAUCAAUGGAAGGAAGGAAUUGGAUAAGUAUAUCCAUUGGAUGGGACGACAACAUAAAGUUCCUGAAAGUUCCUGCGAUUUUUUAUUAGUUGCACAAAACAUGGACCAUCCAAAUUGUGAGACAAGGAAGUGGAUAGUUUUGGGGGAAAUAAGGGUUGGUAUAUUUGUGGAGCAAGAUAUUUCCGUUGAAACUGAAUUGGCGUGUGAUUAUAAUGUUGAAUGGCAUGGUGGUGCUAAGGUUCGAUGUCAGCGUUGGGCACCUAACCGUUCUAAAUUUCUCGAGGCAAAGUCUCCUACUUUUCUGGUGCAUAAUCAUGUGUUGGAAGACGACGAUGAAAGGAGGUGGUCCUAAUGCAGGUAAAUCCCAUAGAACUAUGGUGGAUGGUUGCAUUUGUCAGCUUCAACUGAGAUGUUUUUCUACUCUUUCUCUUCUUCUUGAAAGGUUGCUUCAUAUGUUAUCACAGUUCCAAAAUAGAGAUGGGAGUUUCCUGUUCUUCCUUGGGCCAGCUUCACCUACCACCCUUGGAAAGGAAAUUGCAAUUCUUGCUGUCAGAUUAAGCAGGGAAAGACGGAAUAUUUCUCAAGUUGAGAUAAUGGGGAAGUUUGCUGGUGCAGUUAGAAAUUACAAUGCACAUCUUGUUGCAUACCCUGAUAUUAAAUGGCAUCAAAUUGCAGAGGAGUUCGUGAAAUCUCUUGGAUUAAGUUUCAAUCCCUAUGUGACUCAGAUCGAAACUCAUGACUAUAUGGCAAAACUUUUCCAUGCAAUUAUCCAGUUUAACAUCGUAAUUGAUUUUGAUAGGGACAUGUGGGGCUACGUAUCUUUAGGUUACUUCAAGCAGAUAACUAAGGCUGGUGAGAUUGGGUUCUCGACUAUGCCUCAUAAAGUAAAUCCCAUUGAUUUUGAAAGUAGUGAGGGCAAUCUUGGGAAAGCUAAUGGAGGUCUAUCCCAUUUAAGCAUAAAAUUACCUAUUUCUUGUUGGCAGGACAACUUGCUCGGGAAGUUUACGAGAACAUUAGGAGAGGCUUCUUGUUUGAGAAUUCAGAGAGAUUUUUGUAUGCAUCUUGCUAGGAAAGCUUAUAAAGAAUUGUGCUCCUCUGCUGUUUCUAUUCAGGCUAGCAUGCGUGGAAUGGUUGCACGUGAUGGGCAUCGCUUCAGAAGGCAGAUUGCUUUUUAUGGAAAGCUUUCAUUGUUGUAUUCUCUUAGACUACUUGACUACAUGAAUUGUGCAUUUGGAUGUAUUAGUAGGAACUCCAAUAAUUUCUUUUUACACUAGCUUCUGUUCAACUAAUUUCUUUAAAAUUACCAUACUAUAAGCAUUUAUAAUAAUG